AUGGCCUACGAACCCGAGUUCGUCAUUGAGCGGAUCAAGUGGAAGGGUUGCGAGGAUUUCGAAAACACCUGGAAACCGGAGGAAAAUCUCAACUGCCAGGAUUUUCUGGAGAAAUUUGCAAGCGAGGAGGGCGAGAAGCGGGUCAGCCGCGACAAGCGAACAUGGAUCGGGUCGAAGAAGAUGGGGGGGCCUCCGGCGAUUCCAGCCAAACAAAUGAAGGCCAAAAACGGAUUCGAAAAGGACACGUGGCGGAGAAGUUGGAAGGAGUGCCCGAAGAGGACAGCGACGAGGUGGAACUGGUCCAGUCCAGAAUGGUCCGCCUGCACGUUCCGGAGCUUUGAUUUCUACGAGAGCCAUAUCAUCAACGCGGCCAAGAUAAGCGUUCAAGUGAUACAAAGUUGA